CCUGGCGAGCCCUGCAUGGGUGUGUGGAAGGCAGGCUCUGGCCCUUCCUCUUCCUUUCCCCAGGUAAUCAGGAAGCAAGGAGCAGCUCCACCCUGGGAGGUGCUAGUAGUACAGGUACUGCCCAGUGCUUCUCCUUUCUGCGCAGCAGCUUGGUCUGGAGCCAGAGGCUGGAAGUCCUCAGAAGACCGUGGAAUCUACCAGGCCCUUCCCAUGGCUGCAGAGACAGCCUGCCAUCCCUUGGGGAAGAGACCUUGCAGGAUGCAAGCCUUCAGAAUCUGGGAUAUUAACCAGAAGACCUUCUACCUGAGGAAUAACCAACUCGUCGCUGGAUACCUGCAAGGAUCAAAUACUAAAUUGGAAGAGAAGUUAGACGUGGUGCCCAUUGAGCCUCAUGCUGUGUUCCUGGGGAUCCGUGGGGGGAAGCUGUGCCUGGCCUGCGUCAAGUCUGGUGAUGAGACCAAGCUCCAGCUGGAGGCAGUUAACAUCACUGACUUGAGUAAGAACAAGGAUCAAGACAAGCGCUUCACCUUCAUCCUCUCAGACAGCGGGCCCACCACCAGCUUCGAGUCUGCCGCCUGCCCCGGCUGGUUCCUCUGCACAGCACUCGAGGCCGACCGGCCCGUCAGCCUCACCAACACGCCCGAAGAGGCCAUGAUGGUCACCAAGUUCUACUUCCAGAAGGACUAGUGGUGGGUCCAUGCCGCACGUCCCCCACGCCCAGCACACCGAUGACCCCGGAGACGCCUCUCCACCCUGCCCCGGGGCCCCUGGGCUGUCGUUGGGGCUCAGAGGAGCAGCCUUGGUGGGGUGGACCCUCGGAAGGAUGGAUGAGAGCCCCGGUAACAGGACUCUGUCGCCAGCCUCCUCAGCUAAGCAACCUCGAUGCUGCCUCCACGGUGGUCUUUCUAUCGUGCAGCUCAAGCCACCGCACUGCCCCAGGCCUUUCAGCACUGCCUGUGCCUCCCGGUCGAAAGCCAGGCCGCUCGGCCAGCCUGGGCCCCCUCUGCUCUCCCCUCCCUGACUCCUUGGCCUCCUCCCUCGCACCGUGGCCACGUCCCGGAUCCCUCAUGCCCCUCACUGGCCUCCCAAACCUUGUUUUGCCAACUGAUGCUGUUCUGUGGGGAAAACUUUUAGAGCCUAUGCCACGGUGGAAGAGAAGGAUUUCCUUUUUCUUUUAAGCCAGCUUCAUCCAAUUUGAAGGCGAGUCCUUUCUUUAGAGACUGUGUCCUUUCUGGAAAGGGGGCAGGGGAGGGUGGAAGGAGCUCUCCCUUUUGAUUUCCCUGUCUUCUUUCUGUAAUGCCCUACCCUGCAAAACUGCGAAGUUAGUGUGUUAUGUUGGUCCCUAGUGUUUUUUUCUUUCUGUGACGUUCCUAAAGUCUGGCCCCCACUGCUCAGGCCGGGCACCAUUUCCACCACAGACCUCGUACAGCCGCCUGCCGCGCUUUUCCUCCCUCAGCCCACCCAUCAAAAGCUCCCAGCUCCCAGGGCAGCACAACUGCAGCUCCCCUGGGGCUCCUUCCAGGUCUCCUGGGAGGGAGGAAUGGCUCUUGGACCAUUUUAGCCCUUCAGACACUCUGAGACUUGCUUGGAAGACGGUUGUGCCUCCGUCUGUGUUCCGCCGCAGACUAUGAGCUCCUGAGAGCAGGGAGCGUGAUGACCCGUGUGUGUUUCGGACCCUCAGCACGUGCUCCAUAAACGUGUGUUCUGUGUGUUGAGUGGAAAGUUUCCUGCUUCCUGUGACUGAAGCUGUUUUACAAUAAAAUCUUGAAAACUCA